AGAAGAUCGAGGACAAUGACGUAAAAAAGACCCUUAAAUAAGUGGUGAUUCACUCGUCUGCGUGUAAUCACUUCUCACGCCCAGAAAUAGAUCAGUACACGUACAUCAGAAGCGAAUCCCGGGAGGACAACCGUCGAUUGUCGGUCGUCAGCGGCGAAGAUCCGACGGUCUUAUUUUGUCGACCGAGUUGACGCGGCCUAGUGUUCACGUUCUAGGGCACUUCCAUAACGAAGAAGAGAUUCAUGUUCAAGUUCUAAUGCUAUAGACCGACGACGAAUCUCUGAUUUGUAGAGUGGUGUAGAGUUCUUGUUGUUUCUCAGAAGAACAGUUUACAGAAGCUUUGUUGGGUGUUUAAGCUAAAGGCUCCUCCUUUCUGAUCCAUACAAAUGAUUCGCAGUUGAUGGGGUAGGAGUUAUAUAAUCAAACAUGCUUCGUGCAGUUGGUCAUGAAGCAUCUAAUUCUACUAUCAGUAGUCCUGAGUUGAAUUGGAUGAAAGUCACCAAAGGAAGACGCUCUAGUAAGCCUAUUGGCAGAAGUUCCAACUGGGGUGGCAAACUUAAUAGUCAGAGUCCCCGGAGAGUGGGAGAUUUUUCAAGUUCUGAUUCUGAUAAGUUAUUUCAUAUUUCCAGUGAGGCAGAUACCCCUGACAAAGUAGGACAAAUUCCCAUAAAGAAGAGGAGACAUUUGCUGGCCACUCCUACCCAAUCUGAAGAGAUCAAACUGAUUUCUAACCAUAAUCAUCAGCCAUCAGGCAACUUGAGUUCGACUUCUUAUCCUAUCCAUCAGUUGGCAGCACUGAAGUUCUGUAAUGGCGUUAGAGAUGGCAUUUCGGAUGAUGACAUGUUAGCAGAGAUUGCUAAAGGGAUGAGCUAUUACAACUCAGAUGACUUUUCAGGAAUUGCUCUACUUGCAGCAGCUGCAUGCAGUAAUGUCAUGGAUGGUGAUUUUGGUACUGGGAAGGGACCUAAAGACCAGUUGGAAAAAGACAAGACUCCUGAAAGUGAAAGCCCAGAUUCUCUUAAAACUCCUUUGGCUAUUCCUCAUGGUUUGGAUGAAGAUGACAAUCAGCCUAAGGAACACAUUAUACCUGUAUCUCCAAAAGUUGACAGGCUGUAUUGGGACCUCAACGCUCCAAUGGAUUCUUGGGGGCAACCUCUGGAUGACCAAUCCAUAACCAAAAAUACCCAAAAUGAUAUUAAAAUUAAAGAAAAAGGAAACCAAUUUGAGAUGAAUGACUUUGGUGAAGGAAAAACUGUUCCUGAGAUUUCUGAUUUUAAUCUCAGGAAAAACACUGAGCUGUCGGAAGCGUCUGACAAGGAUAGUACAGUUCGUGCAUCAAGAACCUUAACUUCACAGGCAGUGCCAACCGUUGUAGCUGAUGUUUCUCUUCCUUCAACAAAGUGUGAAGAUCUGUCAUCAGUCAACAAUAAGGAUAUCGGUCAGCCAAUGAUGAUAGGAUCAUUGUUUAUUGAAAACUGUCACAAGUCAGAUAUUUCACACGUGGAUCAUGGUAAAAUGCUUGGUGGUAAGGAAAUGAACAGUUUUCGUGCAGGUUAUGAUUCUCCCUUUGAGGAUGGGGAGUUGAGAGGAUCGGGUUUAUGUCGUUGGGAGGACAAUGGGAUUUAUGGUGAGGAUGCAUUUGCUGUUGACUCUGACUCAGAUGGAAAUGGAAUGCGUGAUCACCAUGGCUCAGAAGUGCUUGAAGGUGGCGGGUCUGAGGAGGGUUCACAAGGUUGUUCCGAGAAGAGACUUUCUUCAUUGAGUGGAGGAGUUGUUGAAUCAGAUUUCAGUAGGUCAGUGGAGAACUUGAAAGUGCAAACCAGGAGGUUUGAUUCAAGGACGGAAGGUAAUUAUGCGAGAAAAAGUCAUGCACUUGGACUCAGGUGGUCAUAUAAUGAAGACAUUGGUUUUAGAACUGAUAGAGAGAAGUUGCAUUUGCGCACUGAAGGGCCAAUGUAUUUGGAUUCGAAAGACAGGAAGAACUCUACACUGUUGGAUCACCGGAGGCCCCAUAGACAUGAGAGAGAUUUUACCUCUGAGAAGUGUGUGCGCAGAUACAGAUCUGGAUUCCAUCCACGAGAUAGGAGUCCAGGUGAUGGUCAUUUGGUGGGCAACACCUGGGACUCGAGAAACCGGUUUCUGUCUAGUUAUCAUCAUGCCCCCGAGGACCAGGGGCACCCUCGGCGAAGAACCUUUGCUGCUGAUGUAACUGAGAGGUUAAGCCGUAUGGAUUCCCGUGAUCAGAGAUUUUAUUCGUCAAAGUGUACAGAGAGAAGACCUCCAGGGUUUAGGCGGAGGUUAGUGGUUGAUGGUGACGACUGUUAUAGAGGUCCUAGGAGAAUGGGACCUGUUCGUAGUGGAUCUGACAGUUAUUAUUGUUCUCAAAAGAGUAGUAGAGGAGACUUCAAGGGGCAUGCAGGUAAUUUCUCGUUACCCAGUGACAAUGGUGUGCUGUCCGUUAAAAUGCAGAAAUGUUAUUCAAGGAAAUCUAGGUCACGGUCAAGAUCCUCUUCUCCUCAAGCCUGGCGUUAUCGACAACAAAGAGAUUGGAAUCCUCCAAGCAUGAAGCGCUGCAUGUCUGGCAGAUCGCCCGACCCGAAGAGAAUGAGGGAUAUUCCUUCUUUUAAGAAGUCUUAUGUAAGAGGAGGUGAGUAUGGAGAAAGGUUUGUAUCCCCACAUAGACGGCACUUCUCCCCCAACCGGAAAUUCAAGUGGACAGACAACCAACAUUUUGUUGGUAAACAUGGUAGAUCACCAGUGAGAGAGAUGAGCAGGAGUGAACGAUUCGAUGGUUAUGGAUCUACUUGGGAUCACCAGUUCAAGUCAAAUGGCAAUUUCAGACAAGCGAGGAGAGUUUCUGUGAUGGGCGGCGGUGGCAUGAGAAGGGGCUCUAGUGUGAGGCGUUCUGUGGAUAUUGUUGAAAAGAUGGGAAAGGGGCAUGAUGAUGUUGAUGAAAAUUUGGAGACAGCCGAUGAAGAAAAAGAUGUCCGUUGCUCUGAUCAAAGGGAUUCACCACAAGGAACCACUGCUAGGGAUAAUGAUAGUAAUAAUAAUCGCAAGUCUUUAAUAAUGCAACAUUAGGCCACUUUUUUAUGUUCUGCAUGGCCUAGUUUUUGCAUAGGAGGAUUGUUCAGGAAAUGGAAAAAGAAAUAACUCAAUGGCCCAUAGUUUAGGUGACUAGCCUGAUUCUACGUCAAUUAAUUGGGCAAUAUAUUUUGUCGUAGGUCCCACAUUUUUUGUUUGGGAAAGGCCGGUUUUCGUUGUUUAACAAGUGCCUUUUAUUUGUAUUAUAUUAUAUUUUGGUGUAGAAAAUCCAAGACCUGGGAAGGACGUUUUUUUUGUGGUCAUAACAUCACCAACUAAUGAGGUUCGGUUGCCUUUUUUAGUUGAAGACUUGAAGAGUUGAAGAUGCCAAAUUGUGUUCAGAGUUUCUGCUUUAAGUUAAAUGAAUGAGAAUCUGUUUUGGUAGGG